AUUUACGAGGUCGAAUACUUUGGUCAUAAGUUUCAAGCCCUUCGGUUUUGAGAGCCGGAAUACCAUGCGGAACACGUAAGUAUUUCUGAUUCAGGAGCACUCAUGAUCUUCGCAGACAGAGGAGUCUGAUGUCCAUAUUUGCUUGUCUUGCCUCACUUGCUCGAUUAACCACCAAGACGUCUUUUGCCCACCCUUUCAUCGAUGAGCACAUCUCAGAUUAUCGUUGACCGUCCUCUCUUGAAGGUGGGAUGCACCCUGGGAGAAGGUCCUAUCUAUGAUCCCAGAAACGGGGUCUUACAUUUCGUUGACAUCCAGGAGAAGAAGGUCUAUCAUUUCAACACACAAGACAACCAACUCACAGUAGAUCAAUAUGAAGAUUCUAUCACUUGUCUCGCUCUGCGUAGUACCGGCUUGGCCUGCGCAGCGUCUCAAGGCUUUGCUCUACUCGAUGGGUCCACCCUGAACUAUCUCUGUAAGCCGAUACCCGCCGAUCAACAACCGCACACUCGCUUCAACGACGGAGCUUGCGACAGCAAGGGUCGCUUCUUUGCUGGAACGGUGUAUUCUGAAGAACACGACGUUCCCGGGAUGUUGUAUAGAUACGAUCCGAAUGAUCGUAGCGUCAAGGUAGUCGAUGAAGGACCGUUUACGGAUUCAAAUGGUUUGGGUUGGAGUUUAGACGAAGAGACGUUCUACUUUACGGACACAAGGCGAAACAUAAUUUACGCAUACGAUUAUGACGACGGCAACUUGUCGAAUCGUCGCGUCUUUAUCGACGCCAACAAAUUCAACCUUCCCGGAUUUUGUGACGGGCUAUGCAUCGAUGAAGAGGGAUGUAUCUGGAGCGCUCGAUGGGAGGGAUCACGAAUUGUUAGGUUCACCCGCGAAGGAAACAUUGACGUUGAGAUCUUUUUCCCUACUGUGUGGCGUGUAACUGCCUGUUGUUUUGGAGGGCCCAAUAACGACCAGCUGUAUGUCACCACAGCGCAUUGCAAGUCAAAUGGAGAUGUGAAUGAUAUGCAGGAGAAGUACCCAGACUCUGGGCAUUUAUUCGUUGUUGAUUUUAGAGGCAAAUACCGGGGCAGCCUCCGCCACUAUUUUGGAGGUAGACAGGGGUAGAUACUGAUGACUAAUGCAAGAGUGUUACAUAAGCGUACGAGUCUGGUUCGAGUAAACGGUAGAUGCCGGCAGCUAUGCAGUUGGAAACAAGGUUUGGAUCGGAGCCAGUG